UGAUGCUGCAGCAGCAGCGAAGAAGAAGGCAGAAGAUGCCGAGCAGGCACGUUUGCUGGCACUUGAACAGCAGCGCCAGCAUGACGAGGCAGCAGCAAGGGCUGCCGAUGAAGAAAGAACCCAGCGUCGUGAGAAGAUAUUUACCGGAGAGCGGGCGUUACUUACCAUGGCAGCGGAAUGGCGGACCGAGGCCGAGAAUAGCCAGUUGGAGGAUAGCGCAAACAAGAUAGCGCUCCUCCUCUCGCAUCUCACGGAUCUUCUGGCAACCUGCAUUACACAGCAGGCGGAGAUCCUUGGUCUCGACAGCUCGCUGGCUCACGUCCAAGACCGCCUUCAGCGGUUGGAGCAGCGACUAGUCGUCGCCGCCAACGCAAGCUCUUCCAAUACUGUCGACCGCCUCAAUGCAUUGGAGAUGCACGUCGGCUCCCUCCAGGACGGCGCACAGUUACAGCACACCGCGGCGCAACAGUUGCAGCAGCGGGUCUGUACCACCGCCAAUACCUCGAGUAUGGAGCCGCGCGAGACAACUCCAAAGUUUGACGGGCAGGAGAUGUUCUGCGACUUUAAUGAAGACAGAUCCGAGCUCAUGCUGCAGCUGUCCAACGUCAAAGAACACAAGCACCACGCAUACUUGUACUCUCGUUCAGGGGGCGCGUGCCAGGCUUGGUUGGACAACCUCUUGUCCAAGUACGGAGUAGUGGCAGCCGGCUUGCACACCAAGAUUAGUUGGGAUGAUCUGAAGGCGGCGUGGCACAAGCGGUUCCAGGUGGAGCCGCCAGAGAUCAAAGCCAUGGACAAGCUCAUGGUCUUCGAACAAGGCACGCUGCCGAGUACAGACUGGAUCGCCGAGUACCAACGCUUGACGACUAUGCUGCCCGACUCGUUCCUACGCUGGGUACUCGAAUCUCAAGGACAAGAGAUGUGUGCGGUUUCUUCUCCGUCCGGCAACGGCGACAUUUCGUCUUCAAGUGGUUCUUCACGGGACUCGGCACACGAGUUUAACAUAGAGGCAUUGGACCCGCUCACAUCUGAGGACUUCGCAUGGCUUCCUCUCCCGACCACAGGCCGCUUGCUGGGACCGCAAUGCGCAACACUUAGCGCUAAUCUUCACACUUACUUAUCCUUCUAUGCACCACCAACUUCGCCGACGGAUGACGAAGUUGCGGUGGGGGAUAUCCUGGCAUGUACUACCAAGGUGGUCCGCGAGUUUCGCACGCAGCUGUACGACGACAACAACGCACUGCUCAUGUAUAUCCGCAUUCAGGUUGGGCAAGCGUCCUGCACCGCUUUGCUGGCUAGCGGCACGUCUCGCAACUUCAUGAGCCAAUCCUUUAUGCAAAGGGCUGGCCUUGGCGCACAAGUUCAAAGGAAGGCAAACCCGACAGCGAUCAAGUUGGCGGAUGGAAAAACGCAACAACUUCUCGACCGUUACAUCGAGGCCGUACCGGUCUACUUCGCACCUCAUGCAUGCGAACCGGUGACAUUCAAUAUUCUCGACACGGACUUCGACAUCAUUCUGGGAAUGCCUUGGCUUGCAAGUGCGGAUCACACGAUCAACUUCCAUCGGCGGACUCUUAGCGUUCGCGAUGCCUUCGGCGCGGAAGUGGUGUGUACUAUUCCUCUACCUCACUCUUCGAUCCCGUGCCAAGUGGUGACGGCCAAAUCAUUCCGGGCGACUUGCGCUUACGAGCAGCCCGAGGAGGUCGGCCUAUGUUUCCUACGGACCGUCGCGGUAGCCGACUCUUCACCCACGGACUUGUCUUCGGACCCCCGUGUGGUGCGGUUGCUGGACGAGUUCGCCGAGAUCUUCGAGUCACCUACCGGUGUGGUGCCGGAUCGGCCGAUCUCUCACGAGAUCAUUCUUGAGGCCGGUGUCUCGGUCAUUGGAGGAUCAUCUGGGUAUCUUCGACGAGUGUUGGAGACGCUCCGCCGCGCCAAGUACAUGGCCAACCGCGACAAGUGUGAAUUUGUCCGGCAAGAGCUGGAAUACUUGGGCCAUUUUGUCACACCGGAGGGCAUCGGUCGGCUAUCGGACAAGAUUCAAGCCAUCCAAGAGUGGCCGGARCCUCGGAACGUCACGGAUGUUCGUUCGUUCCUUGGUCUCGCCGGUUACUACCAGCGUUUUAUCAAAGGCUACUCGAAGAUCGUGGCCCACUUGACCAAACUUCAAUGCGAGGAUUGGCCAUUUGACUUCGGAGAGGAGGCGCGGGAAUCAUUUUUUGCUCUCAAAGCCGCGCUAUUGCCUGCGGAGGUCUUGCGGAUAUACGACCCGCUCGCGCCUACACGCGUCACUACGGAUGCGUCAGGCUAUGGCAUUGGUGCAAUCCUCGAGCAACAUGAUGGUGUGGACUGGCACCCGAUCGAGUACUUCAGCAAGAAAGUGCCCCUCGUGCAUUCCAUUGACGAUGCACGCAAGAAGGAGCUCCUCGCCUUUGUCCACGCGCUCAAGCGGUGGCGGCACUUCCUCCUUGGUCGAAGCCAAUUUCGCUGGGUAACGGACAACAAUCCGUUGGUCUUCUACAAGACCCAAGACACCGUCAACAGCACCAUCGCUCGAUGGAUGGUUUUCAUCGACCAGUUCGACUUCUUUCCCGAUCACAUUCCCGGGAAGUCGAACCAUUUUGCGGAUGCUCUUUCACGGCGUCCGGAUCCUUGUACCGCGGUCCACUCAACCUUCGAGAUCGACGACGACCUGCGAAAUAGCUUCAUCCGCGGCUACCAAGCCGACCCCGAGUUUCGCAACAAGUACGCGAAUUGCUCCUCUCCUAAUCCGGCUCCUUCUCACUACCGGAUCCAAGAGGGGUACUUGCUUGUCCACACGCGGGGGAAGGACCUUCUUUGCGUACCGAGUGAUCCUCGCUUGCGUACACGGCUUCUUGGCGAGUUCCACGACGCUCCCGCCACUGGACACUUCGGAGUUAAUCGCACGAUUGGCCGAUUUCGCCAGCGAUUUUGGUGGCCCGGCCUUCUCGGCGACGUCACGCACUAUUGCGAGUCAUGCGAGGUUUGCCGACGCUGCAAAUCCCGCAACCAUCGUCCGUACGACGAGUUACGACCAUUGCCAGUCCCGUUGCGGCGAAGGGAAGCGAUUGCCAUGGACAUUACCGGCCCAUUCCCCAAGCACAAGACCGGAGUGGAUGGGAUUCUCACGGUGGUCGACCGACUCACCAAGUUCAUGUUUCCAUUGGGGUUCGGAUGCGUGUGUACGUCCCGCAUGUUAAUGCGAUCGGGAACAGUAAAGCCUGGGCCCACGCCUGCGGAACAGGCGGAGAUUGACCGCAGGCUGGCAGAGAAAAAGAAGGAGAAAGAAGCUAAAAAGAAACAAAAAGAAGAAGAAGCAAAGAGAAAGAUGAAAGAAAAGAUGGACAAGGAGUUAGAAGAAGAGUUGAAGAGUAUACGAGCAGAAGAAAAAGAAGAAGAAGAAGAAGAAGAAGAAGAAGAAGAAGAACAGGAUGAAGGAGAGACCUUGCAAAGACAUCGUCAUCUUGAUAUACCUGAAAGUAGUACAGUCAGCCGGCUUCCCGUUGAACCGUUGGACUGGGCUGGUCAGUAUUACUACUCCAGCGAACCAUUAAGGGAGUCUGAAGAAGAACGGGAUAUGUUCGUCGCAAAGUUGGCUACUGUAACCGACACAGUCGAGCGAAAUCUAAUGCUGGAGGAAAAGAGGGCGGAGUUGAAUAAUAAAUUGUUAGCAGCCAGAAGACAAGAAGUGGAAGAAAAAAAGAGGCUGCAGGCAGAAGGGGAAAAACUGCAGAAGGCUUUAGAAGCUCAAAAGGACAAAGCCUCUGCAACAGAAGAACAACUUGCUCUCCUCAGAGAGGCGGUCCUCAACACAAGGCAGGACAUGGCCUUAAUGCGUCAGACCUUACACAGGACAUACAUCAAGGCCUUGGACGAACAUGUCACCAAGACUUUCACUCCCGAAGUUAUAGAAAAGAUUGUAAAGGGAGCUGGAAGCGGAGGAGGAGAUGGUGAUGAUGAUGGCGAUGAUGACAAGAAGGGGAAAAGGGAUCCGAAGGGAAAACUUCCACAGGAAGUUGGGCAGGUUAGUAAGAUUAAACGUAAACUGCCGUGGACCUAUAAUGGGAAGAAAGAAGAGAGUGUUUUGCAUUGGGCAGCAGCAAUAAAAACAUAUGUAUACGGGCAACGAAUCCCAUACUGGGACAGGGUGUUAAUGGCAAGUUCAUGCAUGGGAGGCGACGCCAUGAGCUUCGCCAUCUCGCUACAAAAAGAGGUGGGAUGCAGUUCAAUGGUGGAGUUUUCACAACAAACUCGAAUCGAAGAUUUCCUUAAGGCAAUCCGGGAAAGAUUCGAAGAUAAGAACCUAGGACGUCGCACAGAGAUGCUGAUCCUUAAUCUCCCUGAUAGGAAAUGGAAAAGCACAUCUGCCCUGAAGGCAACUAUGGAUGAGUUGUUGCAAUGCCUCGGCCAUGGACUUACACCUACUCAAAUUUUGAAUAGCUUUGCAAGAGCACUACAAGAUCCCUUGAGAACACAACUCUAUCCCCGCAUCAAAGAAGAAGGAAUGACGUAUGAGAAGUUCGACAAGAUCGCAAUAGAUCAUGCCGGCUUCCUCGCGAAAACGAACUAUUGCCAUUAUUGGAAGGAUCUGCAAGCGGGGAAGAAAUGGCAAAACCGCACUAUCUCAGGAUCUAUACCUGGGAAAGAUAGCCUCCUUCUAACCUUUGAGGAAGGAGGCGUCGAGACCAUCUCCUGGGACCAAGUAGAUUAUGGUCUUGAUGAGCCCAGCGGACCGGUAGCUGAGGAGGGGAGUUACGCGGUCGUUGUAGCCCGCGGGGGAGGGCGUCAAGGAAGAGGGCGUGGCGAGGAAGAGGUCGCGGCCGUGGUGGACAAGGAUUCGACACCCAGAGGGGUGGUGGUGAAGGAAGCCACUACGUGGGAGGAAGGGGAAAUGGUCCCUCACAAGGUGGCCGUGGUUCUUACUCCACCUGGGGUAGAGGAAGGGGCACUUGGUAUAACAAUAAGAAAAAAAACGAUGGCCGAUAAAAAGUAUGGCGGGGAGUAUAGCGGUGGGUAUAGUGGUGGGUACUAUCCGCCUGACACGUAUGCUAUGAAGGGCAAGAACCUGGAGGGGACGCCGACCUAUCGGAUUGCGUUGGUGGUGUUCAUAUUUGUGGCUGCGUCGCUACUGAUCGAGCAUGCCUUCCAUCAUCUCAUCCACUUCCUGGAGCACGAGCGGAAGAAGGGUCUGCACCAGGCGGUGUUGAAGGUCAAAGAUGAGCUGAUGCUGCUGGGGCUGCUCUCGCUCAUCCUGUCCGUCUUCUCUGCCAACUUUGCCUCCUUCUGCAUCAGAACGGAGAGCGACUACGCGUGGCUCCCCUGCACUCAGAAAGAGUUGGCCAAGCUGGAGGAGAAACGCCAAGAUUACUGGUACAAGUAUACGGUGAAGAAGAUUAAUAAAAGCGCUGCUGAUGAGGACAAAGAGGAAAUUAUAAGGAGGUUCUACAGGGACCCACAGACGGGGGUGGGUGGGUGCGAGGCGCCCAACACGGAACCCUGGAUCACAUUCGACGCAGCCAAUUACCUGCACUACCUCAUCUUCGUGCUGGCAGUGGUGCUCAUCGUCUACGGCUCGGCGUCCUUCCUGCUGGCGUUCAUGCGCGUGCGGAGGUGGAGGAUGACAGAGCUGAGGACACAUGAGGACGCGCUGAAGCUGGAGGGGAUGACAAAUGACGAGAGGCUCAAGUUCGCCGGCAUGCAGGACAGCCCAUCGCUGCUGUAUGGGAUCGGAGGCGCUGGGGGGGGGGGUUUCAGGCGGAUCCUGUUCUGGAUCACCAGUUUUUUACAGAUGCCCUUUCGUUCGGUUGGGGUGCGAGACUACAGCACGCUGCGGAUGCUCUUCUUGAUCAAACACGACCUGCCGAUGGAUUUCGAUUUCCAUUGGUACAUGAUGCGGUGCCUGGAGGAGGACUUCGCGGUGGUCGUGGGCGUUCCGUGGCCCUUCUGGGUCUUCCUCUGCCUGCUGCUACUCGGCGACGUCGCCGCUGCCAAUCUCUUCUUCUGGUGCCAGGUGUUCGCCUUUGCCCUCGUCCUCAUCGUCGGAACCAAGUGUCGGGCCAUCAUUCGGGUGCUCUCGCGCGAGGUGACGAAAGGCGCUGGCUAUUUCACGGCGAGCGACCCGCGACCGACGGACGAACUGUUCUGGUUCCACAGACCGCGGUACCUGCUCGGGUGCCUGCACUUCGUGGUCUUCUCCAACGCGCUGGAUUUGGCCGCCAUCCUGUUCCACAGGUGGAAGUUCUCCAAGGUCGAGUGCUUGGACCUUGCGUUUGAAAAAAAUAUGCUGUGGCUCAGGAUACCCAUCAGUGUGCUGACGCUCUUCUUCGCCGCCUUCGUCGCGCUGCCGAUGUAUGCCAUCGCCUCACAGAUGGGAUCGGAAGCGCGCUUGGCUGUACAUUGCCUCGACUCGGCCAGCCGCAAGCAUCAUGAUCUUAGCCACAGUCAUGAAGACCAAGCCGAUCAUAACACUCGCGGGCAUGUGUAACUCGCAAUCGGACUGCUCAGCGGCAGAGGCUAUCCAUCUGUCUGUCUGUGUUUGAGCGAGUGGGUCCGUCCGUGCGAGCUUGUGUGUGUGUGUGUGUGUGUGUGUGUGUGUGUGUGUGAGAGAGAGAGAGAGAGAGAGAGAGAGAGAGAGAGAGAGAGAGAGAGAGNGAGAGAGAGAGAGAGAGAGAGAGAGAGAGAGAGAGAGAGAGAGAGAGAGAGAGAGAGAGAGAGAGAGAGAGAGAGAGGAGAAAGAAGGGGGGGAGGAAGCACACACCGUACAUGGCUAUGGAUAAAUGUGUUGGACAAGUUGGCCGUCACAAUAGUACCAGGAAAGGUAUUUGUAAUUGUUUCCAGCCUUCAUGUAGCGAUCACAACAUACUCAGUUACUGCCGUUGACUUCGGCGCAGACGUCACCGUUCACGUUCAUGUUGACUUGGUUGUUGACAGUUGGACUGCAGAUGAAGUUAACUUUGCAGAGUUGUCUAGGCAUGUGUCUCUUUGUAUUCAUCCUGAUUGGUGUCACUUCCGAGAUCCCUGUGGACAGUAAGAGUGCAGUACCGAACGAGAUCCCUGACAGACGAGGCUUUUUCCCAGUGGGCAGUGCCCGCGAGGCUCUCCAUGCUCUCUACAGCUGCCUGUAUUUUACAUCAAAUGCUCCUGAUGGGGUGGGCGGCGUGUUAUGCAUGUUAUGCAUGUUAUGCAUUCUGCGUGACCGAGGCUAGACACGAUCCACUCAGGGCUAGCCACAAUCCACUCAGGGCAACUACCUUUUGAGUCAAACGAGAAAACCUUCAGCAAAGGCAAACCUUGGAGAUCGAUUUGCUACUUCAGAAAGCAUGGGGUUUCUUUAAUAUUCUCUCUGAGUUGCAUCCAUGGAUCUCAGUUAGCUGGAUCUUCUGGAAAUUUACUUUUCUUAUUCUCUUAGUUACCGCCAUCGGUUUCGGUUGGCAGGAUCUCCUUUCUGAUGUUAUACAAACUUUAUGGAUCUUGGUCCUGCAUGGAGAAGCUGGAGCAGCGCGACUGAGGAAUUUCUGUCUGAAAAGGAGAGGGGAGGAGAAGGAACAGAAAGCAAAAGAUUUCUAGAAUUGUCAUAAAAACUCGUCUGUCAGAAGAGGGCUGGCUUGCAUCUCUCGGCAACAGUUGGCUAACCCAGGUAGUAAGCUACACCGAGGGUUGGCUAACCCAGGUAAUAAGCUACAGACUAUGUAGGCUUGCAUCGCGCAGCGAUGGUUGGCUAACCGAGGUAGUAAACUACAGACAAUGCAGACUUUAACCCAGGUCAGAGGCUGUCUUGCAGCGCUCGGCGCGGAUGUAGUAACCUACAACAGUAUGCAAAGUAAUUUUCUGUUUCUAGUUUGUGAGCUGUUCUUUUGGCCAUCUCACCUUAAAUUUGUUAAGUAAAGGUGAUGCAGCAAUGCUUUUGGCACACAGAUGCUUCCUGUCCGGCAGGUGAGAUGGCGCAGAGGAUCCCUCGAUAGUUAACUUUGGCGGAUAGGUCUUUGGCUGAACGUUCCGUGGCUGGGCAGGAAGGGGUCCAAUUUGGGACAGAACCAACAUCAGACCUGCAUUGGCGUUCGUGCCAUUGUUGCAAAGAGGACGACAAAGGUAAGGGUAAAGCUCUUACAGUUUUUUAUUUUCGAGUUCCAGUAGCACUCGAAGCUCUGUAGUCUUUCAAGCCACCUGUGCUGAGUGGCUCUACCUAAAGUCGCAGCCAUGACUUGCGAUGUAAUGGCCUGCCUGCAGCUGCUCCUUUUUUUUGUUAAACUCAGGUGUGUGACAGUGGUGGUUCGACUACAGACUAGCAACUUGUGCACUUCUUGGCAGCCUGGACCUCAAGCAUGUCUCUAUCAGCUUUGUUUAAUAGUUUUUAGUACUUUUUACACCCUGGCUGUGGUGCACAGUACUGUGUGAGCACAGUGCUACAGUAUCGACAUUUAUAUACAUAGAGGGAGAGAGAGGCAAUGCAGGAGCUGGAUUGAUAGUAAUCCAGUGAGUACAUUCGUUGUUGGGUUAGUUGGAGGCUUGUCUGAGAUGGGAUGAGGAGAUGUCAUGAGAAGAUGAGAUGUGACAAGAAGAUGUCAUGAGGAGAUUGAUUUAACGUCUCUCAUCCUUCGCCCUGACAAGGGAGAGCAAAGUGAAAAGGAAGACUGUAGAAAUAGAGGAGGAGGAGGAGGAGGAGGGGAAAGGUAGUAAGUAGGGGAAGAGGAUGUAUUCUUCAAUGUACCUAGACUUCCUGUGACCUCCAUUGAAGGUCCACAACCUAGUUGUUAAUAUUCAUCACUGUUGCUACUCCUGGUCUGAAGUUCAAUUUCAACCCCGUUACCUCUCUCUCUCUCUCUCUCUCUCUCUCUCUGUGUGUGUGUGUGUGUGUGUGUGUGUGUGUGUGUGUGUGUGUGUGUGUGUGUGUGUGUGUACAUCCAUGCAUAUGCUUGUUGCGUCCAUUUGUGAAUAUGUGCCCAUCUGACUGUUGGUCUGUCAAUUUGCCUGUUUGUCUGUCUGUCCUGGCCUGUCUGUUCACCUCUUUAUCUGCCUGUGGGUUCAUUCCUGGUCAAGGGUUUACAGUUGGCAGUUUGAUAGCAUUCCAAGUAGUUUGUGCAAAGAAACACUUUCAAGGGGUACCACCAACUUUGACGAUGCUGGCGAUUCUGAAGAUCUUGGGCAGAUUGUCGAGGUUCAACCACCUGAGUUUUUGUGGAUUUGGUGUAUAUGUAUUACUUCCUUUGCUUUCGCCCAGGCCGCCCGGAUGCACGGUUGAAUGUAGUUCAUCAUAUGUUCUUUGGCCUGGGGAUAGCCGAAGGUGUGCUGCUCUUGCUCAAAAACGGACCUUGCUUGCCAGGCGAACAUGGGGAUUGCAAAUCCAGUAGCAGAGUAUAGCGUGAGCUCGUAUUGUCCCUAGUUUGGCGGGUAGUCUGUAUGGGUGCCCCCUUACUGACCAGGCGUAUGUUUUUCCAAUGAGAACUCGCCAGGCUCCGAUGCAUGCCACCAUCGGGCAUCCUGAAAGGCAAUGUUCUAGCGUUGCCUGUGAAGACGGGGAAGGUGUGUUAACAUGUGAGUAGAUUGGAGGUAGGCGGCCUGUUUGUUCCAGCGGGGUACGGGAGAUGUGUCAGUCCGGGGUGGGUAGGCAGCAGUAGAGGAUCUGCCAUUCCAGGGCCCCUUGAGAGGCUGGCAUAAUCCUAGUGUAUUUGGGCUAAGUAAAGGACUCCUGGACUC